UUAUCCCUUCCAUUUGCCACGAAAUCAUCGUUCCCGUACCGCCACAUAACCGCCCCACCGCCGAGCCACACUACUCUAACUCACAGUUUCCCUUGCUACCGUCGUUCGGAGUCCAGAUUUUACCAUGGAGGUUGAGAAAGGCACAAACCUGUCGGACAUCGAGAACGACCUCGACGAGGAACCCGGCGAGGUGAUCGAAUCGGCACCGCCUCUCGAAGUCGGCGAAGAGAGAGAGCUCGGUAGCUCCGGCAUCAAGAAGAAGCUCCUCAAGCGCGGCCAUGGCUACGAAGCCCCUGAGUUCGGCGACGAAGCCACUGUGCACUAUGUUGGGACUUUGCUUGAUGGGACGAAGAUCGAGUCCACUAGAGAUGGAGACGAUCCUCUCACUAUUAAGCUCGGUGAGGGCCGAGUGGUGAAGGGUUUGGAUUAUGCAGUCGUGACUAUGAAAAAGGGAGAGAUUGCAUUAUUCACAUUACCUGCUGAGUUGGGCUAUGACAAUGCUGCUGUUCGAUAUGAAGUUGAGCUCGUUUCAUGGAUUAGGGUGGUGGAUUUGAGCAGAGAUGGUGGGAUUGUUAAGAAGAUUGUGGAGAAAGGAGAGAGGAACGAGCUGCCUGGUGAUCUGGAUGAAGUUAUUGUCAAGUAUCGUGCGGCGUUGGCUGAUGGCACUGUUGUUGCAGAAACGCCAGAAGAAGGAAUUGAAUUCUAUGUGAAAGAUGGUCAUUUUUGUCCAGCAUUGCCAAAAGCGAUCAAGACAAUGAAAAGGGGAGAGAAGGCCAAAUUAAUUGUUCAGCCUCGGUAUGCCUUUCGAGAGGAGGGGAGGGAUGCGAACGAGGGGUUUAAUUCUAUCCCUCCAAGUUCUGUGCUCAAUAUUGACACAGAGUUGGUGUCUUUCAAGCCUGUUAUUGACGUUACAGGUGAUGCCAAGGUACUAAAGAAGAUCUUGAAAGAAGGGGAAGGCGCAUGGACUGCUAAUGAAGGUGCAAGUGUUACUGUUAGCUAUAUAGCUAGGCUUGAAGACGGCACUGUCUUUGACAAAAAGGGAGUAGAUGGAGAGCAGCCUUUGGAGUUUAUCAUAGAUGAAGAACAAGUGAUUGCUGGUUUAGACCGAGCAGUUGCAACAAUGAAAAAGGGAGAGCUGGCAAUACUGACUAUACAUCCUGAUUUUGGAUUUGGAAGCGUUGAAGUAAGGCGGGACCUGGCUGUUGUACCACCAUGUUCGAAUGUCUUCUUUGAAGUUGAAAUGUUAGAUUUUAUCAGGGAAAAAGCACCAUGGGAAAUGAGUAAUCAAGAGAGACUUGAGGCAGCAGGAAAGAAGAAAGAGGAAGGCAACCUUCUCUUUAAAAAGGGAAAGCUUCAACAAGCAGGGAAAAAAUAUGAUAAGGCUGCUGAUUAUGUUAGUGAAGAUGGAAACUUUGGGGAUGAUGAGUCGAAGCUAGCUAGAACACUGCGAAUGUUAUGUUGGUUGAACGGUGCAGCAUGUAGCCUAAAACUAAAUGACUUUCAGGAAGCGAUCAAGCUAUGUUCAAAGGUACUAGAUAUCGAGUUCCACAAUGUAAAAGCCUUGUACAGACGGGCACAAGCGUAUAUGGAAAUUGCAGAUUUGGUCUUGGCUGAAUUAGACAUCAAGAAAGCUCUUGAGGUUGAUCCUCAUAACAGGGAGGUCAAGCUGAUUGAGAAGAACUUGAAACGACUUCAAGUUGAAAGCGACAAGAGGGAUGCUAAGCUCUACACAAACAUCUUUGGACGAGCUACAAAGAAAUUGAAAGUCGAGGACGAGAAAAGAUGAGGCUGUGGCGCUGUAAAUGGUUGCUGAUACACCGGUUUCUUCCUCGCCUGAAAAUGAAGUGGUUGAUUCUUGUAAAAAUGUCUGAUCAUGAUUCAUGAUUCAUGAUUUGUGUAUGCGUAGAGUAGUGAGAGAGACAGUCGAUGAAGGUACGGGUUAUAUAAACUACAUCAAUGUAUAACUACUAUGAUACACGGGAGAACCGGAUUUGAACUUAGAUACAACGAACUCGCUUAAACCCCAAUUUGGUCCGUUCUUCAAUUUGAAGUAUUUUUGUCAAAA